UGCGUGCGCAGCUCCAGCCCUGCACGCGCGCGUCGGGAGCGCACAGGGGGCGCACCGGGAUCACUUUGCUCCAGACCCUCGGAACUGUCGGUCGCAGCAGCUUCUCGGAGCGAGGAAUUCGGGGAGUGGAGGUUCCUGCUGUCGCUGGUUCUAACGGCGUUUGCGCUGCGUCGCUCCGUCAGAAGCCGCUGAGACGGAGCACUCGAGCGGAGGCUGCGGCUGCGCUGCGACCGCUGUAACGGCUGCUUCUCCGCGUCUGCUGCUUGGAACUACGGCCGCUCCACAAGUCCGAGGUUCCACCGAGAGGCGCGCGCGCGGCUGCGGGUUCCAGCGGAUUCCUCCUUGUGGCGUCCGCUCCUUUUCUCCGCGUUUGGAUUAUUUUCUCCGCCGACGGACGCGAUGCCGAGUUGCUCCGUGACGGACGCGGGGAUCGGCUGCUGAAGCCGGACGCCGCGCGCCUGCGGCAGCCGCUGCGUUCACUUUGAGACGUUUUGCUUGUUGUUUUCGGCGGACGGAGCCUGGAGCCAAAGCGGACGUUGUGUUUGUGCUGAACCGUAAUCUCCACCAUGUGUGCGCCGUGCAGUGUGAUAGGGAUGCGCAGUGGAGUGCUAUUGUUCCUCCUCACCCAGGUCGCCUCCGUGGCUCCGUUGACUCAGACCGAUAAAUGCGGAGGGAGCAUCGACAUCCACAGCGCGGACUACCUGACCUCCCCGGGGUAUCCCAGCGCCUACCCGCCCUCCCAGCAGUGCGUGUGGGUCAUCACUGCCCCCGAGCAGAGCCAGAAGAUCCUCAUCAACUUCAAUCCGCAUUUUGAUUUGGAGGACAGAGACUGCAAGUACGACUACGUGGAGGUUUACAACGGUGGGAACGAGGCUUCGCCCAUGGUCGGGAAGUUCUGCGGGAAGAUCGCUCCGUCUCCCAUCAUCUCCACCGGCAACCAGCUGCUCAUCAAGUUCGUGUCCGACUACGAGACCCACGGGGCGGGGUUCUCCGUUCGCUACGAGGUCUUCAAGACAGGUCCAGAAUGUUCCAGGAACUUCACGGCUCCCCGGGGGGUCAUCAAGACGCCGGGCUUCCCCGAGCGCUACCCCAACAACCUGGACUGCACCUUCAUGAUCUUCGCUCCCAAGAUGUCGGAGAUCGUGGUGGAGUUCGACAGCUUCGACAUGGAGCCCGACACCACGCCGCCGGCCGGGGCCCUGUGCCGCUUCGACUUCCUGGAGAUCUGGGACGGGUUCCCUGCAGUGGGCCCACACAUCGGCAGGUACUGCGGCCAGAUGUCUCCGGGCCAAGUCAUCUCCUACACCGGCAUCCUGUCCAUGACCAUCACCACUGACAGCGCCAUCGCCAGGGAGGGCUUCUCCGCCAACUACACCAUCCGCGAGCGCAGCCUGCUGCCGGGACACGAGGACGAGGAGUUUCACUGCAUGGAGCCGCUGGGCAUGGAGUCAGGAGACAUCACCCCCAAGCAGAUCAGCGCCUCGUCCCAGUACAACUCCAACUGGUCCCACGAACGCUCGCGCCUCAACUACAGGGAGAACGGCUGGACGCCGUCCGACGACACCGUCAGAGAGUGGAUACAGGUGGACCUGGGGUUCCUGCGCUUCGUCACGGCCAUCGGGACGCAGGGAGCGAUCUCCAAAGAGACCAAGAAGCACUACUACGUCCGCUCCUACAAGGUGGACCUGAGCUCCAAUGGAGAGGACUGGGUCACGGUCAAGGACGGCUCCAAGCAGAAGAUCUUUGAAGGGAACCAGAACGCGGUGGACGAGUUUCGCUCCUUCUUUCCAAAGCAGACUCUCACUCGCUACAUCCGCAUCCGCCCCAUGACCUGGGAGCAAGGCAUCUGCAUGCGCUUCGAGAUCUACGGCUGCAGGACGUCAGACUAUCCGUGCUCAGGGAUGCUGGGGAUGGUGUCGGGUCAGGUCUCAGAUGCUCAGAUCAACGCCUCGUCCUACGCCGACCGGGGCUGGGUGCCCGAGAACGCCCGUCUGCUGACGGGGCGGUCGGGCUGGACCGGCCAGCAAACCAAGCAGCCCUUCAAGAACGAGUGGCUCCAGGUGGAUCUGGGCCAGGACAAGAUGCUGAGCGGUUUGGUGAUCCAGGGCGGGAAGCACCGCGACAGAAACGUUUUCAUGAAGAGGUUCAAAGUGGGCCACAGCCGGGACGGGAAGGAGUGGACAAUAGUGAAGGAGGACAACAGCACCAGGCCCAAGAUUUUCAUCGGUAACCAGAACCACGACACCCCGGAGCUGAGAUCCGUGGGUCCGCUCCUGACCCGCUUCGUUAGGAUCUACCCGGAGCGAGCCACCAACGAGGGCCUGGGCCUGCGGCUGGAGCUGCUGGGCUGUGAGCUGGAUGUCAUCACCACCACGGCGCCUCCCACCACGCCCUCGGCCUCCACGCUGCCCAUGACCACGUUUGGGGCGACCACCACCGCACCCAUCACCGUCCCCGGCACCACGGCAGCGGCCAACUGUGAGGACGGACAGCAGGACUGCGGCCACACGGACGACUACAUCGUAGCAGAAGGCAACACGGCGGCCGACCCCAUCAUAGACUUCAUGCCAGCGUACGUGUGGUUCGCCUGCAACUUCGAGUACUCGUCCUUCUGCGGCUGGUCCAGCGAGGCAGAAACCGGCGCCGAGUGGCUGGUCCAGACCAACGGGGCUCCUUCAGUCCACAGGGGGCCGACACACGACCACACAGGCGGACCGGGGAACUUCAUCUACAUGCAGCUGACGGACGCCGAGGUUCGCAGUAAAACGGGCGACGGCGAGGACGCGGAGGAGAAGGCGGCGCGGCUGGUCAGCCUGCCCGUCACGGCGCCCGACGCCGACCUCUGCAUGUCCUUCUGGUACCACAUGUUCGGCGAGCACACGGGGGCGCUUCACAUCAAGCAGAGGAAGGAGGCCGAGGGGGGGCACCUCCUGUGGACCGUCAGCGGGCACCAGGGCAGCCGCUGGAGGGAGGGCCGGGUGCUGCUGCCGCGCUCCGCUGCCCCCUACCAGGUGGUGGUGGAAGGUGUAGCCGACAGACGCAGCACGGGACACAUCGCCGUGGACAACAUCCAGAUCAUGGACGGACUCGGCGCCGACGACUGUAAAGAUCCCGAAGCGCCGACGUCGCCGCCGACGGAGAUCUUCAUCCUCCGUAAGCAGCAGCUUCACUCCUCAGACCUCGGCAGCUGCCACAGUCAGUUAAACCCUCUUCUUCUCUCCCUCCCAGCGAUGGACUCGCUCUCGCAGGACACCGGCGAGCUGGGCGGGCCGGGCAACAUGCUGAAGACGCUGGACCCCAUCCUCAUCACCAUCAUCGCCAUGUCGGCGCUGGGCGUCUUCCUCGGCGCCAUCUGCGGCGUGGUGCUGUACUGCGCCUGCUCGCAGGGCACCAUGACCGAGAGGAACUUAUCCGCCCUGGAGAACUACAACUUUGAGCUGGUGGACGGCGUGAAGCUAAAGAAGGACAAGAUGAACGGACAGAACUACUCAGAGGCGUGAGGCGAGAGACGCGUGGACACGAGACGCAGCCAAUCACGAGGAGGAGCAGGGCUGAGGCCACGGGGCGCGGCGGCGGUGGGGGUUUAUUUCUCAGGAGCAGCAGUGAUGGACUGACCUGUAGGGGGCACUGUGUAUAAAGAAUCUGUACAGGAAAAAAAGAAGAAGAAGAAACUAAGGAUUCUAUUUGUUUUCAGUGUGCUUUGUUGAUUUAGUGUAAUCACAUGCUGGUGUUGAGACCAAUUCAGAUGAAAGUAUUGUUUGUGUACUUUAAGUGGAAAGAGACGUUUCCUUUUGUUGUUGUCGUCUGUUGUUUUCAGAUGUCGCUUUGACGUCUGGCUCUUCAGCUUCAGGCCAUAUGUUCCUGUGUGUGUGUGUGCGUGCGUGCGUGUGUGUGUGUGUGUGUGCAUUUGUCUGUGUAUUUGUGCGUUUGUGCGUGCGUGCGUGCGUGUGUAUUUGUGUGUGUGUGUGUUUGCGCGUGUAUUUGUGUGUGUGUGCGUGCGCGUGUAUUUGUCUGUGUAUUUGUGUGUGUGUGUGUGUGUGUGCGUGCGUGUGUAUUUGUGUGUGUGCGUGUGUGUUUGCGCAUGCGCGUGCGUGGGGCGGGUUCCGUCCGGGCCCGUUGACCUGUCUGGUUCCGACAGUGCCUUUUCCCCUCCAGUUUUCUGUUGCCUUGUGUUCUCAUGGUCCAGGGUUCCUACGAGGCGUCGCACGUUUCCAGGCUGAGAGCAGGUUCUGCCUCGUAUCAGGUCGUCUCGUCUUCAUGACACAGAUGAACCUUUAGGAGACGCUAACGUAGAGAAGGUGUGGGAGCCCUGAAUGCCUCAUGACUCAUCCACAUAUUGUACAUAGGUUUUAAUAUAUUUGAGCACCUGUUUUUCUAUAGUAAAAGACGCCGGUGCUGCAGUAUCCUGUCAAAUGUACAGAGACGCUACUCCAGCUGCAGCUUUGGGGGUUUGAUGUCAGCAGAGAACAGCUUUUGUGUACAGGGUAAAUGAACAACCUCUGCGGAUCAUCAGGACUGACACGGCCCCACAGGAAGUGACUGAUUGACCUUUGACCUGCAGCCUGUGCAGCAGCUCUGGCCUCUUCUCUCUUCUGAACCCGUGGAGCUCUGGGGUUUUGAUCAGGUCGUAUUCAGGAGAAACUCCACAUCUGCAGCCUCAUUUGCAUCUAGUCCUGUUUUCAGUCUCAUUCCCACCUACACUUCCCUGUUUACGCUCCAGCACCUCUGGGGACACUGUGAGGACACAUCAUGGAUAUCCAGGGAAACGGGGCAGAACUUUACCAACGGAGGCUGCUGAGCUGUGUGUGGCUUUGUGUUUGAGCUUGUGUAGAUAAAGGCCACGUGAGCGAGCUGUGGCCUUUCCCUGUCAUGUGUGACAACGCGCAGACACUUGUAGCAUAAUGUGGCUUCAGCCGUUGAUUUCGCCUCAAUGCGCAUUUCUUUCAUUUUAAAAGGAAACAUUGAAGACGUGUCUUAGUGUCGCUCCCUCGUCGCUCCUCGACCGCCCCGGUUGGAAACGACCCGCAGACGUUCUGCAGACGCCAGGAUUUCACAGACAGGAAAGGAAGGAUGCUGCAGCACUACACGUGAAAACAAACGUUGCACUGAUAUAUUUAAAAAAUCUGUUUAUGAUGUUGAUUUAUGGAAGGACAGAAGGACGGAGGACGCUGUUAUUGUUGCUUUGUUACAACACGGUUUCAGAUGAAAAGGGUAGAAUUCUGAAAUGUACAAUAUACAGAGAUGUUUUUCAUUCUUGAAAAAGCUUAUAUGCGUCUCUUUGAAACGUAACAACUUUAUUUACUUGGUAUACGGUAAUAUCACCUUGUGUUUUUGUACUGUCACUGAUUUACGUGCCAUUGUUUGGGUUUUUUAUUUUCUUUGUAUGAAAAGAAAAAAGUUUUAUUUUCAAUACUGCUUCUGUAUUUUUGCUCUCAGUCCAGAAAAAAGAAGAAAGGAAAGUAAAAAAAUGGAAAAGCAGUGAGGCCUUAAGUGACUAAAAGUAUUGUUUGUACUUUGACUCAGCUCCGGACUCAUCGUCUCUGUUGUCUCAGACUCGUCAUUGACUAUUACAUUCCAAAGAAUUGGAUCAAAUAAAUGUUUUAAAUAAAAA